AUGGUUGUUGUACCCGAAAAAAGCAAAUCUGCCGAAUCUGCUCCCAAAGAUGACUCUUGUGAAGUAACUUGUCGGUCAGAAAGAGAUUCAAGUAGCGAUGAAGAAGCGACGGACAAAAACGAUACAACCACCGAAUUUGAAAAAAGAAAUAUAGCCUAUUUUCAAGCUGUCGAUUUAACAAGUAAAUCUUGCGUUUAUUGCAGUGUGAGCUACAGUACGAAAACGGAAUUAAAAAAUCACAUGUUUGUGAAGCAUAAAUUAAAACCGAUGAAAAUCCGACGAAAGAAAACUGAAAUUGAUGGUUCCUUUGUUUGUUCGGAAUGCAAGAGGGGAUUUACAAGAAAGUUCGAUAUGCAGAGGCAUAUUUUAAAAACGCACCCUAACUGUAAGUCUCCCUUCGAACCGUCAAGUAGACAAAAAAACGUCGAAUUAUUAAAUAAGCAUAAAGUUGUGGACAAUGGUGUGAUCUACUACAAAUGCGACUUCUGUGAAGUGAAAUCAGUGAAAAGUUCUUCUUUUAUGGAUCAUUAUAAUAUUCAUUUGGAUCAAAAAUCGCAUUGUUGCCACCUAUGCGGGAAAAAGUUCCGUCGUAAUUCCCACGUAAACCGCCAUAUAAACAUCGUACAUUACGGUUACAAAAAUUUUUCGUGCGAAUAUUGUCAAGAAACGUUUUCAAGUAAAUUUGCAAAAGAAGAACACCUAAAUAUUCAUACUAAUAAUAGGCCCUAUAUGUGCGAUCUUUGUGGCAAAUCGUUUAAACAGUCUGCAUCUUUGUAUGUUCAUAAAAUGUACCAUAAUCAACUAUACCGUUAUACUUGUAAUGUCUGUGAUAAAAAAUUUAAACGGAGUGGGGAACUGAAGAAACAUCAAACAGUACAUAGUGGUAAAAGGGACUAUGAUUGUGACGUCUGUCAAAAAUCGUUUAAAUUGAGGCAGGAUUUAAAAAGACAUACAAAAAUUCACGCUAUUUUAGUAUAGUAAAAAGCUUAUUUAAUGUAUUUUAUUCCCGAUCAUAUACACUGCUGACGAGAUCAGACCUUUGUUCCUUCUUUACUUGUACUGGAGUGAGUAAAAAAAAUUAUGAAAUCAAUAGAGAAACAUACAAACUUUAUUAACUUAUCAUCCAUAUAUUCCAUAUGCUCUAAUAAAGUGUCUCAACGUGUGCUCAGCGGAGGGGCCCCGCAAAACCUGUAUCCGCCAAAAAAAUAGUCUUAAUAUUCCCGGGGUCCGGCAGCUUUAGCUGAGGACGGUUUAUUUUGUUUAUGUUUUUAGAAGUUCGCAACGGUUGUUCUUUUUUAUAGAUAUCACUAAGAAAGGAUCAAAGGAUCCGAUUUUUGCUUGAAGACCUGUUUUUUGAAAUGUCAAGGGUUGCAAAG